AGUCAAGCGUGAGACGUCAAACGAAUUAAUUUGAGUGCGGCUAAAGAAGAAGAAAAUAGUUACCGGCGGCGAUGGAAUAUUGGUUUUAAAGUGUUUUUCAGCAACAUAAUUAAAGUAAAUAUUUAUUGUCAUAAGUUUAAGCAAUCGGAGAUUACUCUGACAUUAUAUUAAGUCAACAUGUUCGUGAAGGAACUAUCACUGUUUGUGGUAUUCUUAAUUGGAAUAACCAAAGGCAAUAUAUUGCAAGGUACUAUUGACACUAGCCGCUUGCAGUCUAUUCUGCAAGAUGGUGUCAAAAGUAAGGACAUUAGUACUCUUUAUUUUGCUAUUAAAGGACUCAAGGAUCUAAAACUGCCUGUUCCUGAUGUUUGUGAGGACAUCAAAAAUGCUAAAUAUGACAGCAACAAUAUUGAGCAAGUGUUCUACCUCACAAAUGCAGCUGCUUUAUCAGGCUGCCAAAAUUACUUGUCACCUGAAAUACUGAGACCACCAGCCCAAGUAAUUGAUAAGAAAGAUGUCACUAUUCCUGAGCUCUACUAUGCAACUUAUUCUUUGAAAGCUUUGGGAAAAGGUACAGUUUACAACAAAGAAGAUGGUCUCAAGAAUCUUGUUCAGCUGUUGAAAAAGGAUGAUUCUCCUAUCAACUAUGGCUACGUGUUUGGAUUGUGCGAGCAUAUGGGGUGUACCUCUUUUACAACAUCGCACGCUGAAGGUGUUCUACAGGCAGCCGAUGAGACGGAUUCCCGUGCACUCAGUUUUGAUGGUGGCCUUCCAGCUACUUCUCUGGUGCUCUCCACUAUUCUUAGGAGCUACAAGAGUCAGAAGAAGCCGUCGCCGCUGUCUGAAGAGCAGCGGUACAAGUUUGCGGAGUACCUGGUGUCGCGCCGCUCCGUGAGCACCCCGCGCGGCGCCGCCCUCCUGCUCGAUGCCGCCAUCCCGCUCGCCGAUGACCAACCUUCACCAAUCAGUAUCGUGUUCAAAGGCAAGAAGUAUGUCACCUCUGAUUCGGACAGUGUGGAGUUUUCCAUCACUGACUUGCUCGGGCGACCGCUCCGUAACCUCAAACCCGACGAAGUGGUCGCACAAUCUGGCACGCGACUUGCUGACGACGUGGUCGUAUUGUCUAAACAAGCUCUAACGCAGAAACCUAACGAGCCGACUACAUAUGUACUCAAUCUGAGUAAGAUUAAAGCUCAGUAUGGCUUGUACAAGAUCGCCCUGAGUGCUGGCAGCAAGACUACUAAUGUGAAUGUGGCUGUAUUGGGUGAGAUUCAAGUUGCCAGUGUGGAGGUGGGAGUGGGAGACGUCGACGGCACCACCAGUCCACGUCUCACCAACGUGGCUUACCCUGGAAAACUAUCUGAGAAACUACAGGCUGAUCAUAUGCAAAAGGUAACACUGAAGUUCUCUGUGCGCGACAAGUACGACAAGCCGGUGUCUGUAGCGCAGGCGUUCGUUAGAGUCGGCACCGCUAACAACGAAGCUAUCUUCGUGGCUGAACAUGACAACACUAAGGCAUAUAAAGUCGAUCUGAAUGUGGGCGCAAUCGCGAAGCAUUUGAACCAUAUUUCGGGCGCAUACUCUGUGGAAAUAUACCUGGGCGAUAGCGCUGUAUCUAACCCCAUCUCUUGGCACCUGGGUGAGAUAAUGUUCAACUUCGGCAAGGACGCCAACGCCGUCGGCGCUGUGGAGCGCGGCCAGGUGUCCGGCACCGGUGGUCGCGGUCCGCUGCCGGAGAUCCGGCACGUGUUCCGGUCCCCGGAGCCGCGGCCGCCGCGCCUCGUGUCCGACGUGUUCGCCGCCGCGUGCGCAGCGCCGCUGCUGUUACUGCUCGUACUAUGGGCGAGACUCAACAUCAACUUCUCGCUGUUCCCGUUCUCGCUCAGCGCGCUGCUCUUCCAUCUAUCACUAGGAGGAUCGCUGGUACUGUACGGCGUGGUGUGGCUUCAGCUCACUAUGUUCGAGGCGGUGCGAUACUUGCUGCCCCUCGCUCUACUUACCUUCCUUUCGGGCCACAGGCUACUGCGACGCCUUGUGCAAACAAAGACACAGUCACGUUAAAACACACCAUACCAUACAUACAGUCACUCAAUCAUAUGUUGUCUGAAUCGGCCAAUGUGAUCAAAUAAUUGGCUACUUGAUAAUUAUAACAUUAAAUUGUGAAAUAAAUUUGUAAACAAUAAGUAUGUAAUAUUUUUGGUAUUAAAAUGGUUUCGUUUUUGCAAAAUUAACUUGCAUAUUAUAAUUUAUGAAUCACACAAACUGAAACGCGACCAGAGCCAUACGGAGCAUCGUUUAACGUCACAUUUCAAUAAACUAAACGUCGACGUCUCAUUGAAAUGUAACGUCACGGCUUGAAACUUUACCGGACUGAUCGUUUUCGCGGAACAAUUUAAUGUUUUUCUUUGGUGUUAUUAAACACUUGGAGAAAAAUAAAUCUGGUAUAUAGCGGUUUAAGGUUUAAAAUAACUUCCCCAAAAAAGUCGAGUAGCCAAUUGAACACAACCGAAGUCCGAAGUAUUGGAUACACUGAUACUUCUAACUAUGGAACGUCUUGGCCGUCACUUAUAUAUUUUAUAUUAACUGCACUACCCUACAUACAAACCUUCUGAGAUGAUGCUUCAUCGACUGUUAAAAAUAAGUUUUCAUUGACAUUAAAAUUGAUAUACAAAUAAUAGUAAAGAACGUCGUUGGCUUUCAUAGUUAUUGUAGAGUGCAGUCUGAAUAUGUGUUGUGUGAAUGGAAUAGUCAACGUCGAUAUCAACUCUUAUCUCUAACAAACAAGCUCAUACAGUCAGUCUAUGAAGUAUAUCGCCUUUUAUGCCGCAUUCCUAAUAGGGAAUGGUAAUUUACUAUUACUUUGUAUUAAAGUGAAAAGUGUUUUAUCAAUAAAAAUUAC